UUUUUUCCCUUUUGUCCUUUUUUUUGUCUUUUUCUCUCACGAUCAUUGAUUGUUAAUCUUUCCGAUGGUGGAGUCUCUUCCCCUUAAAUUCCGCUUCCUUCUUCAAAAUUCCUCUCAUUAUGAAAGAAAAAACCAAGCUUUCCGACAUUCAUUCCAUUCUUCCUUCCUUCCAAAAAGCUCAAACGCACUGAAAAUCCCAACCCACAAAAAGCAUGGACGGUCAACGGAGAGUCGGCGUCGCGGUGGAUUUCUCUGCCUGCAGCAUUAAAGCCCUCAAAUGGGCCAUCGACAACGUUGUCCGCAAGGGCGAUUACCUUGUUCUCAUCGCCGUUCGUCCCGAAGGCGAUUAUGAAGACGGCGAGAUGCAGCUCUGGCAAACCACCGGAUCUCCGCUUAUUCCUUUGAUUGAAUUUUCCGAUCCGAACACUAUGAGGAAGUACGGGAUUAAGCCUGAUGCUGAAACUCUGGAUAUUGUGACAACGGCGGCUGCUCAGAAGGAGAUCACUGUUUUGCUUAAGAUUUAUUGGGGAGAUGCUCGUGAGAAGAUUUGUGAAGCAAUUGAUAAUAUUCCUAUUACUUGUCUCAUCAUUGGGAACAGAGGUCUUGGCAAACUUAAGAGGGCCAUAUUGGGGAGUGUAAGCAACUAUGUAGUGAACAAUGGUUCGUGUCCAGUCACUGUGGUGAAGAAAGCAGAUCAUGAGAACUGAUCAUCCCAACCCAACAACACUCUUUAAAUCUACACUUCCCCAUUCAAAUUUUCUGAUUGUUUUUUGUGAAUUUGGUAAUGUAUAUGUUGAUGAUGGUUUGUCCUUAACUAGUUUGACGUGUUGUUAAAACGUUUGUUAAAUAACGAGUGUUUUUAUGGGCUGUUAUUGGAAUGGUUUAUAGGCUGUUUGGGUGUGUUCUUGAAAACAAUUUUCUGUUCAAUAACAAAUUAGUAAAAAUAUGUCCACCAUUUUGUUUUU